UUCCCCCUUGUCAACAUGAACAGCCCAGGCUAAAAAGCCAAGUACAUUUCCCUCAGUACCAGUCAGAUGUUACACUCAGCCGCUGAACCAAUCUUAACCUACAGGGACUGGGGAGACCAGAAGGAUUGUGGACAAGUGCAGCUGGGUUAUGACGCAACCCUCAGAGCAAAGGCAGUCCAGUAACUAAAAUGCUCAGGAAAGAAAACAAACGCAGAGCACGAGGGCCACAAGCCCACACAGCUGGAGUCAAAUGCGAAGGACUUCACGUAAGGAAGUCCUUGUCAUCCUCCCAAAACACCAAUGCCUAAGCUGCUGAUGUGAACGCAAUGUGUCUGUAAUUCUCUCUUCCAGAUCCUGGAUUCUGUUGAUGAAGCUUGCCUCUGAGAUUCCUGAACAUGGAGAAAUAGAGAUAAAAAAAAAAAAUCCCCAGAAGAAAGGGAGUAAAUUGUUCACAAUCUUGAUCGCUGCCUCCGGAAGUGAGAAGAUGGACAACUCCACAGCCACCGGAGAGCCUCCAACCCAGCCCUGCUCCCGGAACACCCUGAUCAUGAAGCAGAUCAUUCCCGUGUUGUACGCUGUGGUCUUCAUCACGGGGGUCCUCCUCAACGGCAUAUCUGGAUGGAUAUUCUUUUACGUGCCCAGCUCCAAGAGUUUCAUCAUCUAUCUCAAGAACAUAGUCGUGGCUGACUUUCUCAUGGGCCUGACUUUCCCUUUCAAGGUCCUUGGGGACUCGGGCCUCGGUCCCUGGCAGGUGAACGUGUUCGUAUGCAGGGUCUCUGCCGUGAUCUUCUAUGUGAAUAUGUAUGUCAGCAUCGUGUUCUUUGGGCUCAUCAGCUUUGACAGGUACUAUAAAAUUGUCAAGCCCCUCUGGACCUCUUUUGUGCAGUCGGUGAACUACAGCAAACUGUUGUCCGUGCUCGUGUGGACGCUCAUGCUUCUCCUUGCUGUCCCAAACAUCAUUCUGACGAACCAGAGCGUCCAGGAGGUCACGAAUAUACAGUGCAUGGAGCUCAAAAAUGAGCUGGGGCGGAGGUGGCACAAGGCGUCUAACUAUGUCUGCGUGAGCAUUUUCUGGAUGGUGUUUUUUCUGUUAAUCAUCUUCUACACGGCCAUCACGAGGAAGAUCUUCAAGUCGCACCUCAAGUCCAGAAAGAAUUCCAUUUCCGUCAAAAGGAAGUCUAGCCGCAAUAUAUUCAGCAUUGUGCUCGUGUUUGUUGUCUGUUUCGUACCUUACCACAUUACCAGAAUCCCCUACACAAAGAGUCAGACGGAAAGUCACUACAGCUGCCAGGCGAAGGCGACUCUGCUCUACGCCAAAGAAUUCACUCUGCUACUCUCGGCUGCAAACGUGUGUCUGGACCCCAUUAUUUAUUUCUUCUUGUGCCAGCCAUUCAGAGAAGUCUUAAAUAAGAAGUUACACAUGUCACUCAAAGUCCAGAAUGACCUAGAGACUUUCAAAACCAAAAGGGGAAACACGACUCAUGAAAGCACCGAUACUUUGUAAAUUCCCAUCCCCUUCCAAGUACUGUCGAUCUUGUUACAUGAUAAUUAAUUAAGACGUAUGAAUAAGAAGCUGGCUUAUGACAGUAAGUAACUUAGCUGGCAAUAUUAUCCAAUAAUAUGUAUGAAGUCCAAAAUGGUAUAAUAAAAAUAAAAUGUAAGUUUCCAUGUAAAAUGAAAGUCUGUAGCACAUCACAAUUUUUAGAAGUCAAAUAAACGGAGAUGUGGCUUGUGGGUACUGGUCUAUGAGUUACCAAAACUACACUCCUCUUCUAUUAACUGUCUUCUUAGAAGACACCCAGUCUUUCCAAUGUUCCUCCUAAGCAUUCUUCUAAGAAAUGCUCAUACCUAUUUCAUGUUUUAUUUUAUGCAUGUGCCAAUAAACAAGUUGUCUUCAAAACCA